UCCGUUAACAUAUACAUAAACAUUCGAAUCUAAGGAUCAUUACUACAGGAAAAAUAGACUUAAAGAAAACGUCGACAGCAUACCGGAAGCUUCUUUAUUUCGAAAAGAUCUUCGCCAGCACAGAUAUUACAUUGUGUCAUCUGUCUCAAUGGGGAAUUCAUCUCACAAGGGUUUGUCCAAAGACGAAAUCCAGCAACUAAAGAAGGUUUCCAACUUUUCUGAACGUGAAAUCAAAGAAUGGCAUGGAGAAUAUCAACAAAGCAAAAAGGGCAGUCAUCUUACCGUUAAAGAAUUCAAAGAUGUCUACUCUAAGAUGUAUGGCGCAGACGCGGGCCAGUUCGCUGAGCACGUCUUCAGAACGUUUGACACCAACGGAGAUGGCAAGGUGGACUUUAGAGAGUUUUUGAUUGGACUAAGUGUGACGUCAACAGAUAACAUUGAACAGAAGUUAAAGUGGGCGUUUACCAUGUAUGAUAUGGAUGGCGACGGAACUAUAACAAGAAAAGAAAUGAUGGAUAUGAUGACGUCUAUUUACCGGAUGACGCCAUCGAUUGUAAAACCACCAGAUGUCGCUACGCCGGAAAUGAUGACAACAAAGCUUUUCGGAAACAUAGACGAAAACGGCGACGGUUCAAUAACGUGGAAGGAGUUCCGAACGGGUGCAAAGGCAGAUCCUCUUGUCCUCAAUAUGCUACAGCUCAAUCCAGACCCCUAGUGACGUUACAUUGUGUUUUAUUUUGUAUUUUUAAAUAAUGUACAUUGUAUUGUUACGAAUACAACGGGAACCAAGGUCAAGGUCAUUUGGAUUCCAUAAAAAUCACAAUAGCAAAGACUUUAUCAGUGGAAUUGUAUGACUUGUACUGUAUUGUACCUAUAUGUAUCGUGUUUCUUUUACUAAUCGAUAUUGUUAGACAUUUCCAUUGUCUAAACGGACACUGAAGCAACUGGAAAUGUUCCAUGGAUUCCUACAUAAGUUCGGAAAGGAGAGUCCAGGAAGAAUUUGUAGACAGUAUAUAGCUCCCGCCAGAAUGUCCUCCGUCCGACUUCGGAAGUUGUGUUCUAUCAUAUGAAUUGGUAUGGUUAAGUUUAAAGGUACAUUAUUUAACUAAAUUUCCCCUUCAUUACGAAAUAUUUUUGUCAGUUUUUGUGUAUUCCACGACCAGAUGUGAAUAUUCAUGAAUUCGUUAUAUGUAAAUAAGAACAUCAUUGUUAGUAUGCAAUCAAGUAUGAAAAAUAAAACACAAAUAAACAUAAUCUGUUUUUAUUGAUCAAGAAAUCAACAGAAGGUCUACAAACCUUCAAUAGUGGGGAGUUUGUCAGUCUGGUACCUUGGGGGAUACGGGUAUGUUCAGAAUGACGAGACAGGAGAACAAAAACACUUUACCACUGCACGUGACUAGUUCGUGCAUACUAUCCCGGAAGUUGGAAAUUAUUAGAAAAACAUUGUUUCGGUAUACAAUAUUACCAUCAUAUGUUUGUUAAACUUACGACAUUCGUGUGAUCUAACAGUGUCAUCCCCAAAGCCAUCUGUAUGGAUACAGGAUUUCCUAACUGGGAAAUAAUUCGCUUAUUCAUUAAGUUUUUACUCGCAUUUCUAAAUAUACGAUUUUAAAGGCAUAUGGUGUACAAUAUUCAUGUGAAAUUUAUAUAUCCAGUUAUUUAAGGGAAACGACAUUCCAGUUGAAUUAAAACAAAACUGAAAUACC